AGACUACCCCACACUUCAUUCCCAAAAUCACCAAACUCCGCUACUUUCCUCCUUUCUUAGCCUCUCUUCUCAUAAACCCCCGAACUCUCACCCACCACCCAUUCUUAUACUCGUAUCCUCUCGACCGUACUCCCUCUCCUACCUACCCGCCUCCCCCCUCUUCCGCUGCCGCUUCUAUCACCUGGCCCAUUCUCCCCCGGAUCUAGAAUUCUAACAAUCCAUUCUUCACCAUUCCCCCUACUGUACCUCCCAUGGCCUCCUCAGAUGAGGGGGCCAAUUCGACUGGCAUCAAAUCAUGCCCCAAUGAGGUUCUACAAUUAGUAUUUCAGAACCUGAAUGGCGUUUCUCUCGCACGGUGCAGUGUAGUCUGCUCUCAUUGGAGAGAGCUCAUUGACCCAUCAGAUCCAGCUACACCAGACUACCUCUGGGCUCGACAAGCCUCAAGCCUUCGUCUGAAAUCUCCAACUCCUUAUACCAGAUUCCGCGACCUCUAUGCAUCCUUGAGAGAUCAUCUUUGGCUAAACGGCAAAAUAUGGAUGAGCAACCGUUUGUGGACAGGCUACAUUCUUCUUUCUACAUACAAUUUGGAGACAGGUGCUAUAGAUUUGACCAACGUUGUUGCGGCACGGCCCGGAGGUAGCGGUAGAGAAGACUCGGCCCCUUGGAGUCGUAAUGAGAGUAUAUUUGUAUCUAGCUUUGAUCCGCAAGUGUCUCUCUGGACACUUCCGCUAUUGUCUUUUGACAAAGACACAGUUCUCGACCCGAACGAUAAUGAGAUCAAGCCUCCGACACAGGAACGGUACUUCUCUUGCUCACUUUUCCGGGCCAGCGCGAUACCUCCUGAAGUCCAGGUAUCUUCUAAGAAGUACUGGCCUCCGCCCCAUAUUCCCGCGACUGAACGCACCAGCGACGUUCUUAGCUGCAUCAACGGCCCCCACGAGAGCAACCUAUUCCACGGAGACGCUAUCGAUUCUGCUUUCCGAAUCCGCAGGUGGGUGGUGUUCGGUGGAGCGCCCGUGCCUAGCGUUGCCGUGUCCAGAAGUGGCGUAGACAAUCAAGUAGAAACCUUUGCGACCAUCCGUGAAGAGCAUUACACACCCGAUAAGGAUCAUCCAUACAGGGGCAUCUGGGUUGGCAACUACUCCUCCCACGGCUACGAAUUCAUUCUAUUGCACCAAGAGACCUCAACGAAGCUCAAGGCGGUGAAGAUUACCGGUGACCUUAAUGUUCCCCGUGGGGAAAUCACCUUUGUUGUUGACGAUCUGAAGACUGUCAUUCGCAUAGCCAAUGAAAGGGAAUGGCCCGGUGCUAAGGUUAUUUCAGCAAGGGCCCAAAUCGCUUUUCACCAAUUCCAGAGCAGUAAAAUGAUUGAUGCAGAGAUGAUCUGCGUCGGCCCUGAUGACAUAGCCCUCCUUUGGCAUUUCUCCCCGCUCCCCAGUCACAUCAGCCGGUUCAAGAGGGUUGAUAUCGAGGGCUUGAUAUAUGGGUGCGGUGAAUGA